ACUUGAGAUCAAUUGUAUUCGACAUAAAACUGUAUGUUUGUUUUGAUUUUUGUUUUAACAAUAUGAAAUUAAAGUAAAAUGCAAUUGUAAACUUCAUUAAUAUCAUCAACUCCACGUCCUCUACAGUUUAACUGAGAUGGAGAUAUUCAGAAUGGGGUCUAUAUAUUUACAUGCAUUGAUUUCAGUCAGUCCCCACAUAUUCACUAUUGCUUUUGCAUUUUGUAAUAUGGCUAGUAACAAGUUGAAACCAGUGUUAAAGUACAAGAGUUUUACAGAAGUAAAUCAGCUAAGUGCAAACGAACUUAAGGCUGUGUGUGUAAGAAAUCACAUCUCGAACACUUUGCCAAGGACAGCCCGUGUCAUUUUCUUGUGUCACAUUUUAGGUCUUAGUACCACUGGAUGUGCUUCACCUGACCGUGGAUUUUUGAGCAUAGGAGAGGAGCGACUUACUGCAGAACAGAUAUUGACACUUCGCAAGCUUACCCCAUUGAACCUUCUCCGCCUCAAGUCAUGGUCUCGUGACAUUUCAUCGCUCCCUGACAUCGACGAGACUGUGGUGAAGAAAUACCUCCUGGGAUGUAACAUUUUAGAGAAGAGUCAACUCAAGACGUACAAACUUUCUCGUGCAUAUCAGUUGAAGGACAAUAUUCACUCAGUUCUUGUGACACAACAUCCGGAAUAUUCCGAUUUUUAUUGCAUCCAGGCAAGGUGCAAUCCCUCGCAAAGCACACAGGCAGAGGAUGUUAAAGUACUUCACCUGGUGCUCGACAUCGUGACUGGAGACCCCUGUUCAGCAUAUUGCACUUGUACUGUUGGAUUCACCCAGGCUUGUGGCCACAUCGGAGCUGUGCUGUGCCUCUUGGCGAAGUGGCAGGCGCAUGGAGUCCAGACUGCCCCUGGUGAAGCUGCCUGUACGGACAAGCUCUGUCCAUGGAUUGACCCGAAACCUGCAACCGUGAAACCCAAGCGAUUCCAGGCCAUAGGUAACCAUGAUCUGACGAACAAGAGGAGGAGAACUGCCGAUGAUUAUGGGUCCAUUGUUAUCAAUGGAUUCAAGCCUCUCACCGCUGAGCAAGCUCGUGACUUCAGAGAAGCUCUGAUCCAGGCAACCAGUCAUCUUGGAUGGGUCUGCCCUGCGGUCUACGCCCUUGACCCAUCCAGGUUUCCCGGCAUAGUCCAACCUGGUUCUGCUUUAUCAAGCCUGCCUCCAACUGUCAGCCUUCUUUCUCUUCUUUACCUCGCCUACUCUUUUGAAGUCACCGUCACCAGCCAACCUCUGCCUAUCGCCUCCCUACCUCACAAGACUUUCACAGAUGCAACACAUCCCUCUUUCCUGUCAGAAGUUGAUGCCUUCAUUUCAUCAUUUCCCUAUUCUACAUCUGAUCUGCAGCUCAUCCCCUUGCUCACUCUCGGACAAAGCAACAACCUGGAGUGGUUCCGGCAGAAGUAUGUCAGUUUGACCUCCAGUAACUUUGGCCGGAUCGUCCGCUACAUGAUGACACGAAAAGCUGAUCCAGAUGUCCUUGUCCGGGAUGUCAUGGGCUACAGACUUGGUGCCAACCCCCAUCAGCGCUCCACCUCAGCACCCAGCUUAAAGUAUGGAAUACGCUAUGAGUCGGUGGCCCGGAACGCCUAUGUGUCUCGCCGGAAAUUACAACACAGGUCUCUGGAGGUGAAGGAGACAGGACUUCAUGUACACCCGGACUACCCCCACCUCCGAGCCAGCCCUGAUGGUAUUGUGUCCUGCGGAUGCCACACAACAACCAUCCUGGAGAUCAAGUGUCCGUUUUCAUCCAGAGACAUCAGUGUCAGGGAAGCAGUACGGACCAAGAAGCUAACCUACCUGGAGCUGCUUCCCGACUUUUCUCUGAGGUUGAAGCAGGACACUGAUUACUACCAUCAGGUGCAGGAUGCCAUGGCUGUGGUGGGGGUCAACAAGUGUGACUUUGUUGUGUACACAAAGAAAUCGAUGGAAAUCCUAAGGGUGCAGUUUGACCCAAUACUUUGGGAGAGAACUCUCAAGGAUCUCAACACAUUCUUCGAAGUAUAUGUUGUCCCAGAAAUAAUGACUGCUCGAAUGAAGGAAGUUUUGAACCCACCCAAGACCACCUAG